AUGAGCAAUUACCGGAAGUUGUUGGCGCCGGCCACGCACUGCCUCCUGUCGAACUAUCGGGGCAUCGGUUUCGAUGGGUUCGGCAUUUGUCCGGCCGAUAUACGCAACUGUUCGUGCAAGUCGUACACGGGUUCCGAGACUGAAAUUGACUGCCCCAGCGCGGACCCGACGGUACAGUUGCGGAUUGAGCCGCACCAGUACGCGGAGGUGAAGUGCCGCCGGAAUCAGCUCCACGAUUUCGACCAGAUUCCGCAGCUGGCGAUCGGAGACACCAAGCGAUUAACAAUCGACGACUGUCCGUUGCCGAGCGGCGACCUUUCUAUACUGCAGUUCGUGGAGUUUCUGGGCACGUCGCAGGUGAAGCUGCUCUGGCUGAAGAACAACGCGCAUAACGAGCAUAGUGCAGCGCUCGUGCCGCAUCACUUUAAGGGUCUCAACAGUUUGGAUCGGUUGGCGAUCAGCAAUGUCAAGCUGCACGAUAUCCAGCCGCACCUGUUUGAGCAUCUGCCGAACCUCACUUGGCUCGAUAUGCGGGACAAUGUGCUCAACCUUCCACCGACGGUGUUCGAUAGUCUGCCGAAGCUACGAAUCCUCGAGCUCAACUUCAACGGUCUCGAGUACUUGCAACCCCGGUUGCUGCAGAACCUGUCCGAUUUGCGCCUGCUGAGCCUGUGGCACAAUGACCUGCGCAGCAUUAACAGACACACAUUCGAGGGCGUGCCGCGACUAGAGCGCCUCGAUCUAUCGGCCAACAAACUGGAAAACGUUGCCGGCGAUACAUUCAGUGUCCUGCCCCAUCUAACGGAAAUCGCCCUCGGCUAUAACAGAUUUCGUGCCCUUCCGGAAGGACUGUUUCGGGCGAAUCGGGAGCUUCAAAAAAUAAAACUAGCAUUCCAGCAGGCUGAAUUGGCAACACUACCGUUCGAUUUGUUUCAUAAUCUACCAGCACUGAAGCAGGUAAUACUGGAGCAAAACGGCCUGACUAGUCUCCCCGGGACCAUGUUCAAGGGAUCGCCGAAUAUAACGGAGAUCAAUCUUGCGUCGAAUCGUCUGCGAGAUCUGCCGGGGAGCUUACUGCACGAUCAGCGCUCCCUACAAGUACUGUACUUGCAGUCCAACCAGCUGACAAGCCUACCGGACAGCUUGCUGCAGAAUACAGUAGAACUGCAAGCGCUACACUUGUCUCACAAUCAAAUCGAACAACUAUCGGCUGGCUUCCUACGGUCCCUAACGAAGCUGGAUGAGCUGUACCUUGCCCACAACCAGCUGCACUACAUCGAUUUGCAGGCAUUCCAGCACACGAUAAACCUGCGAACGUUACACAUGCAGAACAAUCAGCUUACGUUCGACCCGUUCAACACCAUCACCGUCGCGGAAGCGGAGGCUGAGGCGAGCGAUGACCUCGGGCUGUUCGUCAAAAAUGGCACCCCGUUCCAGUAUCUGCACAGCUUGCAAGAGCUGGACCUAUCGCACAACGCUCUCACCACGGUGUUCCGCGACUUGCUAGUGAACAUGCACAGCAUCGAAAGACUGAAUCUCAGCUGGAACAACAUUACGAGUCUGACCGUGGCCAACCUGCAGUUCCUGGCGCAGCAGGUGGUGGUAGAUUUGCGGCACAAUCACAUCUUUGAAAUCAACCUAGCUGAUCUGGAGCGACUGGUGCAGCUGGAGACUGAGGCGCCCGCAUCGCGCGGAGAUGAUGCUGGAGGCCGCCUGAAGGCACAGGCUCGAAUCUUGCUGAACGACAACCCGCUCAACUGUAACUGCAUAGUGUAUCCCUUUGCCCAGUACGUGCAACGCAAGCUAAGCUCUGACGUUUACGAGCGCCUACAGCUGGUGGCCGAUGAACUCACCUGCCACGGACCCGAACAGCUUCACGGUAUACUGAUCCGGGACAUCCCCUUGCGGGAGCUGCUGUGCGAGUUGGAUCCACCGUCGACUGAGAUCCGCCACUGCCCGGACAGCUGCAAGUGUUUCAUACGCCCGGAAGAUUACGGUGUCGUGAUGAAGUGUAACGGGCAAGCUCUGAUGCAGCUACCCGAGCUGCCCGUGCCGAGCUCAUUCGGCUACCGUUUCAUCGAGCUGCACGUGGAAAACAACAACAUCACGGCCCUGCCAUCGUUGUUGCCGAAUGCGCGCGGUUGGAGUGAGGUGCAGCAGCUGUACGCUGCCAACAACUCCAUCGCCGACAUUUCGGUAGAGCAGCUGCCCAAAGGGCUACGCGUGCUGGAUCUAACACGCAAUCGACUAACCAAGCUCGAUGCACCCACCAUCGAGUGGCUCAGCGGGGACGGCGGUGACGAAAACCCCACUAGCAUGCGCCUGGCGCAAAACGAAUGGGUCUGCGACUGCGAGACGGCACCGUUGUUGGCGUUCGCGCACGCCAACCAGAAGCACAUCGAAGACUUUGCCCGAUUACAGUGUGCUGAUGGGCGCCACUUUGACGUGACCACGAUCAGCGAUCUCUGCACGGCGGAAACGUACACCAUUGUGGUACUGGUCUGCGUUGCCGUGUCCAUUGUGGCGUGUUUAGUGGCAUUGCUUUCGUUCCUGUACUACACCUACCAUCUCGAGGUGAAGGUGUGGUUGUUCAAGCACGGUUUGUGCAUGUGGCUUGGUGCCGAUGAAGAGCUUGACUGUGAGAAGCAGUAUGACGCAUUCAUAUCGUACUCGCACAAGGACGAAAGCUUCAUCACCGAGCACUUAGUGCCGACGCUCGAGCGUCACCCGAUGAACUUCAAGAUCUGCUGGCACAUGCGUGACUGGAUUCCGGGCGAGAUGAUUGCAUCCCAGAUAUCGAGCUCGGUGGAAAAGUCUCGCCGCACCAUCAUCGUACUCUCCAGCAAUUUUCUCACUUCUCUGUGGGGUCAGCUCGAAUUUCGCACCGCACACUUGCAGUCGCUGACCGAAAAGCGCAACCGAGUGAUCAUCAUCAUCUACGACAACAUCGGUAGCAUCGACGAGCUCGAGCCAGAGCUACGAGCCUAUCUCAAAACGAACACCUACGUGCGGUGGGGCGAUCCGUGGUUCUGGGACAAGGUGCGCUACGCGAUGCCCCACCCAGCGCACAUGGUGCGAGACGGAAGAAAGCUCGGUGGACUGUUCAUGAAGCAGCUACAAAGUUCCCUUGACGAUAAGCUGGAGCUCAUCAAACCGACGGUAACGUCGGCCACGUCGGUUACAGUGACCGAGCCACCGCUCGAAUCGGCAUGCUCACCGAUCACCCCACCAAUUGUCACCUCAUCACCCUUCACCGUCAGCCACGACAAAACUACAGCUACAACUCCACCAUUCCCAACUGCCAACGGUAAUCGUCGGCAGCUGGUGUAUCCCGUCGGUGCCGGCAACGGGCACAUCAAUGGUGCCUUUGUAAUCAACACAAACGCGAAGCAGAGUGACCUGAAAAGCACCAUUCGAACAAACAGUGCUAAGCAGCUGCAGCAUAGCAUCAUGUCAUGCACGUUUCGCUUUCUGAUCGUGGCGCUAGUAACGCAGCUGACCACCGGUAGCCUCGAGUGUCCCCCGAGAUGUAGCUGCCCACAAUUACACGGAGGCAUCGAAAAGCAACAAAUUCGUUGUCCAAGCUUCCAGCUCGAUAUUGACUACAGCAUCUCGCAUGUGAAAGUGCACUGUUCGAAGGACAAUGGUUACGACUUCGAGAGCAUUCCGUCUCUGACAUCUUCUGAGAACACCAGUUUCCUCCAGCUGACGUACUCCAACUGUGCAAUACCAUCGAACCGCUCGCUAGCUGCCACACUAGAAUUCCUUGGUCCCGGCGCGAUGGAAAAACUCGAAAAGCUCUUCUUCGUUGGCAACGGGUACAACGCCCACAGUGCACCACUGACUGCGGUCUUGUUCGACGAGUUGCCCGCCUUACACACUGUUUCACUGAAGAGCGCCACCGCCCAGCCCAUUCCGGAUGAUGAUCUUUUUCGCCAUGUGCCACUGCUGAGUUGGCUCGAUUUGCGCGAAUAUCGUUACGAUCUUCCAGCGACCCUACUGACCAACCUCACCCAGCUGAGUGUUCUGGAGCUCACCCAUACGACACUACAAUCAUUGCCGGACGGCCUACUCCAAGAUUUACCUAAUCUUGAGAAGCUGAACAUGUUUGCUAAUCGUCUUCAGCGGUUGCAGUCGCUGAGCGGUUCACCACGACUUAAAAACAUCGACGUCAGCGGCAACGAGCUUAGCAUUCUGCCGCCGGAUUUGUUUGGUGGCUUGACACACCUUGAAACGGUUCAGCUGCACUACAAUCGGAUCACGGAGUUGCCAAAUGGGCUGUUGCAAGACCAAACUCAUCUUAAGAGCAUAUCAUUCGCAAACAAUCAACUGACGGUGCUUCCGGCUACGCUUUUCUCUGCGACCACUGUACUUAGUGAGCUUGACUUGUCUGGAAACCGUCUCGCAGCACUUCCGCCAUACCUACUGCAACAUCAGGUGGGGCUGCAGGAGCUGCGGUUAUCGCACAAUGCACUGUCUGGCGAGCUACCCGAUGCGUUGUUGCGAAAUACAACGAAACUUAGGGUGCUCGACUUGAGUGACAACCAACUGGAGACCAUAAAUAAAAACGUAUUUGCCUCGCUAUCGGCAUUGGAAGAGUUGUAUAUGGGCCACAACCGAUUACGGGUGAUCGAUCUGUACGCAUUUCGCGAGCAGAGCGUAUUGCGGAUGCUCUCCCUUAGUCACAACAACCUGUCCUUCUACGAAGGCGAUACAAGUAUCGCCUAUGUGGACGGGAAGGCGCUGCUUAUACACCGUACUCCGUUCGAUACAAUCAAAAAACUAGCACACCUCGACCUUUCGCAUAACGCCCUUCGCACGGUGUUUGCCACUUUUGCCGACUUUAUGCCGCUGCUCGAGCGACUCAACUUAUCCAGAAACAACGUUACGACUAUCGACUUCGGAGACUUUGCUUUCAGUUCAAAAAGGCUUCAGGAGCUAGAUCUACGAGGAAACAAACUGCAAACGAUCAAUUUCUCCACACACCGCACGUCUAACACACGAUCCUUGCCCAAGCGCGUGCUCCUGAACGAUAAUCCAUUGCAAUGUGACUGCCAGGUUCAUGCGUUCAUACGGUACGUCCAGGUGGUAACCGAGGAAGUGCGCUUCGUGACGGAUGAGUUGCGGUGUGCCUCGCCCGAACGGCUGCACAACACACCCGUUAAAGACGUUAGCCCAAUGGACCUGCUGUGUGAGGCGGCCGGAAAAGGUUGCCCGGUGGGUUGCAAAUGCUACAGCAGGCCCGAAGAUCGUUAUGCCAUUAUCGAUUGCGCGCAACGCAAUCUAACCGAAGUGCCCUUGUUGCCUGCACCGUACAACAUCCUAAAAUCCAGUUUCAUUGAGUUGCACCUGGAGAAGAAUGCCCUCCCGGAAUUACGGGAGCCCAAACUACGCGUGGAGGAAGUAAACGAGACCGGAUGGCGCCACGUUCGCCGGCUCUACGUAUCGGACAAUCACAUUGCGGUGGUGGAAGCUGCUAGUCUACCGACACAGCUCGAAACACUCGAUCUAAGCGGAAACGUCCUCACACAGCUCGAGGAGCCCGUCCUGAGUGCGCUGGGUCGCAUUGCAAGCCUCCGGUUGUCGCGAAACGCUUGGAGCUGCAGUUGCGAUGCGCCACAGUUUGUGUCGUUCGCCCACACACAACGGAAGCGUAUAAAUGACUUCGCAACACUUAACUGUGCUGAUGGUGCUCCACUCGAAACGACCACAACGGAAACAGUUUGUGCAGAAAAAACCAGGCGACUGAUCUUUAGCUGCGUGGCACUCGCAAUUGUCGCGUUGGUGGCUGCGCUGCUCACUCUGCUUUACCAUCGCUACCGGCUCGAAGUGAAAGUGUGGCUCUUCACGCACAAUAUCUUCCACUGGCUAACAGACGACGGCGAAGAACGUGAUGCCGGCAAACUGUACGAUGCGUUUGUAUCAUACUCUCAUGUCGACGAAUCGUUCAUUGCCGACCAUCUAGUGCCGCGUCUUGAGCAACAUCCCCCUCGCUUCCGACUCUGUUGGCACGUGCGCGAUUUUACACCCGGCGAAAUGAUCUCAACACAGAUUACAAAAGCAGUAGAAGACUCACGCCGAACGAUCAUCGUGCUGUCGAAGAAUUACUUAAAGUCAGUCUGGGGCAAGAUGGAGUUUCGCACCGCGUACCUACAAUCGGUGUCUGAGCAGCGUAAUCGCGUGAUUGCCAUUAUAUACGAGGACAUUGGCAACAUCGACGAGCUGGAUGCAGAUCUGCGUGCAUUUCUCCGAUCAACCACCUACCUACAGUGGGGUGACACCUGGUUCUGGCAAAAGCUAACCUAUGCCAUGCCACGACCUCCCAAAAAUGUUACAGAUGGUCGGAGAUACAAUCUCGAUCAAAACCUGCAAAUGGCCUCGACCGGGAAGCUAAAGAUGACAGCGGACUUAGAAAUGGUUCAAACCGAACCGGAAAGCGACAAAGUCAUCGAGCCGCAGCUCACCAUAGACCGUAUGGCGAACGCCGAAGAAGCGUUGGUACAAAACGGAGCCACCAAACAAGCCUUCACGAUUAGCAAUGGAUUGUUGUAGAAGCUCUGUGUGGUUUUCUGGGGCUGGACCGUACCAUUCGUGCUCCUCUCGAAAAUCGCAGCAGCACAAUCACGGAAGAGAUUUUGGAUGUAGACUGGAAUAGCAAACAAAAGUUCAAACGACAAAAAAGAAACAAUGAGAAAUACUAACAAAAACGAAACCAAAAUCAAAUCCAGAUGGUGAAUUUCCAAAACUGUAGUUCCGGUUGGUAGAGUGGUUAGCCUCUUCAAGGCGUUUUAAAGAUUGACCACUGCUAGCUUUCUACGACACAUCGAUACUCAAACACAGUAAUCAAUCAGCUGUGAAUUCAAAAGAUAUGUUAUUUUUAAAUAAACUACACAUUUAUCAAUUUCUA